AUGCCGAUCUUUCCCCUUAGCAAGUUGCAAAACUCAUCCGUUGUAGUGCAGAGCAAAGGAUCAGUUGCAGGGAAAACUGGGGGGCGAGGGUUGAGAGUAGGUGUAGGAUAUGGAGCGAAUGAAUCGCUAGAGCAGAAUGGUGAUGUGACACCAGUGGUGGUAGACGCGCUGGAGGUGCUGGCAGAAACAGAAGGUGUUGUAGAGCUUAUAGCAAGAAUUGAUGAAGAAUUAGAUGGGGUUGAGACCAGCAAAUACUCUAGCAGAGGGUGCAUACACUCCGAGAGCCCCUUUAGAUCCCGAGGCUCAUUUUCCAGUCUUUGUGCUACUGUGGGCAUGGUACCACGCAACAUCUCCAACCAGUUCUUGCAGCAGCGCUGUUUCCUCCUCGUGGAGGCCUCCAAAUCAAUGGUAUAUCCUGUCUCGGUUACCGGACUAUACACAAUGCCCCCUUCCCAUAAUCCACUGGCCUCAACACCAUCGUCCGCAGCAUCCUUUUCCACUCCCCGCCUGCCUCAAUUGCCUCCGCUUCAAGAAUCCCCUCUCGCAUCAUUUUCACGCCCUGCCCCAUUGCUCUCGAUUCCACUACCUCCAGUCGCAUAUAGCCGUCAAACAGGCCGACUUAGUACUGGCGGGAGUUCUGUUAGUCCUGGAUCUGCUGGCGCUCCUCUUCCACCAAUGCCCACAUACCAACCUUCAUCUCUCCUUACACCAUAUACUCGUAAUGCUCCUUCUUCCAGUGUUCCGCUACCAGGUCCACCCCUGCAUACCCUCAACAGCAGUAGCAGGCAGCAUGGAAAUCGAAACCGUACUUAUGCCUCCCGGAAGCCCUAUGAUGUCCCUCGCCUCCACAAGCCAUUGAAGGAGCAAACAUUAGUGAUAGAGCUUGUAAUGUAUCCCCACGACUUUAUGCCUUUACCUUCUCAUGUCGAAGACACUCUCCUUUAUGAGCCCAUCACCAUACCGUGUCCAGAUCGCCUACCUUCUGGCGAAACCUUUGCAUCUCAACUUCAAUUUCUCUCACAACAACACUGCACCUACCGUCUUGAACUCCACGCAUCCAGUCCCAAUGAUGUCAUCCUUGAUCAAGUAUAUACCGGCGUCCAUAACAUGAUGGAACUUGGAUCACUGGAGUUUCCCACAUACUCGGACAUGGCAUUUGACUUGGACCAAGACGAGGAGAACCGCAAUAUUCGAGUCCAAUAUGCCCGCCUCCCUUUCCGCCUCCUGAUGCCUGGCAAUCGUAGCCGCUAUCCUGGCCGGCCGCUCAGUGUAGACACUGAGAACUCUUGGCGUCAAUAUACUUUUUCUGCACUUCGCAAGCUAGCAAAGCGAGUAGACCAUCCCUCUGGCCAGGUUGGGGUGCUUUUGCUAUGUCCCAAAGAUGGCGCAAUUAUAGGCCCUAUUGUAUUAGGAAGCACAGAGAAACAUGCAUUCUUUGCUGAUCGCAUUCACUACUUUCUAGAAAAUGGUGAACCUUGCACUCGCAUGUCCUGUCAUCUUGGGUGUCCAUGGUCAUCCCAGUCAUCCCAACGUCGUCACUCUCUCUCUAUUGCUACCAACAAUGAUUUGGACAGCGAUUCCAGUAGCGCAGAAUCAUCCCACCCAUCACCUAUUGAUCUUACAGAGUCCCCAGUGAUUUUGUCAGACCCACUGCCCGAACUUGCACGUCACUCCAGCACGCUAGUCUCUCCCACCAUGCAGCUUCUCAACAUUGAGCUAGCACAACCCCCUCCUCGUACAGGUACCUUGGCUACUCAGACCCAUGAACCUUUAGUUCGCUCUAUCUCUCCCCAGCCUCUAUCCUCCCGUACCAUAUACACACCCUCUCAGCCUCCUUCCCUUGUAGAUCUCGCUGUGCUUGACAGGGAUGUUCGUGCUUCUGGACCGGAGCAUUUACGGAAUUCAGUAUGGCAUGUUCGAUCAGAGUCCCUUGAAUCUACAGUCAAAGGAUUGCUUGCCUUUAUUAUUCAAGCUCGUCACCGUCCUGAUGGACCAUUCAAUGCUCCACCAGACUUGCCCACUAAUUUUACCCUCAUCCCCAAUAAUGUCCGGCUCCAUGAAGUAUGGACCAUGCAUUGGUUAUUCCGAGCGGGCCGGUCAGGUGAUACUAUUGGUGAUGGUGUCACACAUCAGGUUCUCUAUGAAGCAAUAUGUGUUGCCAGUAACCGCACCUGUCAGGAUGUGCAAAGCACUGAGGAUGGCUUCGUGUUCCUCCAAGUUGACGAGUUCCCUGAUGCUGAUCAGGAAGACUAUGCAUUUGCACUGGGUGUCUUAUGCACUAUGUUCUUGCUACGUGUACACUCAGCACCGCUUCCUGUCUCCCCAGCCCUCCUCCAAGUGACUAUUGGGGGGAUAGAUUCCUUGGUCGACUCUGCAUGGCUAGAAGCCAUCCUUCCAGAUAUGUUCAACGUCCUCAAACUUUUCCCUUCAUCUGCUGGUGCUGCUCAAGAUUUUUCUCGUCUUACUCCCCAAGAGGUCCAGGACCUCCAGCGUAUUUUAUGUCAUGUUGGCAAGCAAACUCUCGCACAACUAUCUUGCACACGCGCGGCACAGUGGCCGAAUAUGAUACGAGCCUUACAUGCUUCAUUACUUCUUGGUGUUCGAGCACCCCAACUCCAUGAGUCUACGAUAUAUGCUGCAUUCCGCCAGGGCCUUGAUCAGGCUUUGUCUCCAACGCAUCACUCAUUUAUUGGUGCUAUCUCAAACUCAUCCAAGUUCCUUCUAUACGAAGCAUACAGCUGCCGUCGUUUAAGUUCCCCUUUGCAGUUAUUCCCUCUCCUAUCAUUCGACGUACUUGGAGAUGCUGAUUUUGAGAAUGAUAUGGCUACCCUGUUACCAAACCUAAGGGAACAUGUGGAGCGUUACUUCAAGGGAGUCGGGCACCCUGCUGACCCUCUCUUUACCAACCUCGUCAGUUCAGCUCAGCUAGCUACCGAUAACCAGGAUAUAUGCUACCGUGCUCGUCGCUUUGUGAAGCUGAUAAGCGGCAUCACUCUUCUGCCUCCUGGCCUCAGAAACUUCACUAUUACUGUUCACCAAGACAUUUCCAUUUCAGCAACAUUCAAUGGUCAUUAUGAUGUGUGCUUCCAGUCCACAAUUGUAUUGAUCAUUCUCUGA